AUGCAGCACGACCGAGACUACGGGGAGGUGAUCGCCAAUCAACCGGUGGUGAUUGACAAUGGCUCUGGAAUUAUCAAGGCUGGCUUCGCGGGCGAGGAGUCCGUGAAGUGCUGCUUUCCCUCCUUCGUGGGAAGGCCAAAGCACCAGAAGGUGAUGGUCGGUGCCAAAGCAGAAGGCGAGUACUUCAUAGGCCAGAAAGCCGAGGAGUUGCGUGGAAUAUUGACAUUGAAGUAUCCUCUGGCUCAUGGCGUCGUUCAACACUGGGACGACAUGGAGCUCAUCUGGCGCCACAUAUAUUCUGAGAUGAAGGUAAACAUGGAGGAGCACCCCGUGCUGCUCACAGAGGCUCCCCUGAACCCUCGCAAAAACCGCGAGAAGGUGUUAGCGGAUUCUUCGAGACCUUUGGUUGCCCUGCGCUCUUCGUGUCCGCGCAGGCGAUCCUGUCGCUGUACGCCAGUGGCCGGACGACGGGAGUCGUGCUGGACGCAGGGGGUACGUGCCCGACCUACCGCGAGUUCACCUCCGCCGAGAAGAUUGACCUAG